AUGGCUGAGGAGGAGUACGAGAUAGAUAUCUAUGGGGAUGAGCAGGGCCAUGGCGCCGAAACCCACAACCGACACGAUGACCAGGGGCGCGAUCAACACAACGACGGUGGCCACGGCUACCAUGGCGAGGAAGGGCACGGCGCACACGGAUCUGGCGAUUAUGAUGAGAGCCAUCACGACAGCCACAGCCACAGCCACGACCAGCAUCAGGACUCCUCAGAGUACGACCAAGCCAGGUCAUCAUCACAGCCGCGCCAACAAGGCGUCAAGCGCAAGGAGUCGUCGGACGAACGCCCUGUCGACCCUGGCGCUACGACCGCGCUCUUGGUCUCCGACUUGAGCUGGUGGAACACGGACGACGAUGUCAGGGGCUGGGUGAACCAAGCCGGCUGUGAAGACGAGCUCAAAGACAUCACCUUUAGCGAACACAAAGUUAACGGCAAAAGCAAAGGUCAAGCCUACGUCGAAUUCACAUCCCAGCAAGCCGCCACCGCAACCAAGCACAAGAUUGAGGAGCUCUUUAAUGACGGCACUCAGCCGGGCCAGAAGCGGCACUCGGUCAUCUACACGUCUCCCACCAGCAACCCCUUCCGCACCCUCCCCAAGGAUGCUCCGGCCCGGGCCAAUAAGGACGGCCAGAGCCGCACACCUGCCGGACCGGGCUACAAUGAUCGUUCUGGUAACAUGGGUGGCGGCAACUACGGCGGCGGCGGCGGCUUCCGGGGAGGCCGAGGAAAUUACCAACGCGGCGGCAUGGGCAACCAAGGCGGCUACAACCGCAACUUCAACAACAACAACAACAUGGGAGGCUUCAACAACGGCAUGGGCUUCAACAACAACAUGGGCGGCGGCAACUUUGGCGGCUUCCGCGGAGGCGGCAUGAUGGGCAACAAUAUGCGCGGCGGCAUGGGUAUGCGCGGCGGUCGUGGCGGCAACAUGGGUGGCAUGAUGGGCAACAUGAACCCCAUGGGCGGCAUGGGCGGUAUGGGAGGCAUGCCCAACAACAUGGGCAACAUGGGCGGCAUGGGCAAUAUGGGCGGCAUGGGCGGUAUGGGUAUGAUGGGCAACGCCAUGGGCUUCCCAAACAUGCCGAACAUGCAACCUCACUUCAACCCCUCCUUCUUCCCCAACGGCGGAGGGAACCAGUCGGGCAGCAACGAGUGGCAGAAUCCUCAUGGGGCUAAGCGACCGCGACCAGAGGCAACCCCCCCUCCACCUACAGCAGCUGACCCUCUUUCCCAUGCAGACCUCAUCGCCGCCUUUGCCGAGGCCACGGCCACGCCCUACUUCAUCUACCGCCUGCGCGACGCCAUGCUCGCGGACCCCACGGGCCGGCGCAUCCUCCGCGACCGCCCGCGCCUGACCUCGGCCUCGCUCGACCUGCCCCGCCUCCGGGCGCUGGGCCCGCGGACCGUGGGCGCCACCUACGCCGCCUGGCUGGACCGCGAGGGGGUGUCGCCCGACACGCGCGCGCAGGUGCGCUACAUCGACGACGCGGAGGCCGCGUACGUGAUGCAGCGGUACCGCGAGUGCCACGACUUCUACCACGCGCUGACGGGCCUGCCCGUCGUGCGCGAGGGCGAGGUCGCGCUCAAGGCGUUCGAGUUUGCCAACACGCUGCUGCCCAUGACGGGGCUCAGCGUCGCCGCCGCGGCGACCCUCAAGAGGCCCGAGCGGGCGCGGUUCGCGAGCACGUACCUCCCCUGGGCGGUGCGCAACGGCCUCAGGGCCAAGGACGUGAUCAAUGUGUACUGGGAGGAGGAGCUCGAGACGGACGUCGCCGAGCUCAGGAGGCGGCUCAACGUCGAGGCGCCGCCUGACAUGAGGUCGAUUCGGAAGAGGGAGAGGGAGGAGCGGAAGAGGAGGAAGGCUCUGAUGGAGCAGCGGUAG